AUGACAAUUUUAACAAUGCAAAAACCUAACCUAAUAUGUCAGUUAAGGCGCUUAGUUUGUGAGUUGCGUUGGUUGUCCCCGCGAUUACCGUUUUUAUCCAAAAUGAGUGAACUGGACCAGCUACGGCAAGAAAGUGAACAACUGAAAAAUAUGAUCAGGGAGGCCCGCAAAGCUGCAGCUGAUACUACGCUACUUCAAGCAUCUAGUAACGUUGAGCCGGUAGGACGAAUUCAGUUGCGUACUCGUCGUACUUUACGCGGCCAUUUGGCCAAAAUUUACGCUAUGCAUUGGAGCACUGAUUCGCGCAAUCUUGUAUCUGCCUCACAAGAUGGCAAACUUAUAGUUUGGGAUGGGUAUACUACUAAUAAGGUUCAUGCCAUUCCUCUAAGAAGUAGUUGGGUCAUGACCUGUGCCUAUGCACCUUCCGGUAAUUAUGUCGCAUGUGGUGGUUUGGACAACAUUUGUUCCAUUUACAAUCUUAAAACACGCGAAGGUAAUGUACGUGUCAGUCGUGAGCUUCCGGGACAUACAGGAUACUUAUCAUGUUGUCGUUUUCUUGAUGAUAGCCAAAUUGUGACAAGUUCUGGUGAUGUUACUUGUGGACUUUGGGAUAUUGAAACUGGGCAACAAGUUGCUACAUUCACAGGUCAUACAGGCGAUGUAAUGAGUCUUAGUUUAGCACCUGAUCUACGGACAUUUGUUUCAGGAGCUUGUGAUGCAUCGGCAAAACUAUGGGAUAUACGUGAUGGUCAAUGUAAACAAACGUUCACUGGACAUGAAUCAGAUAUCAAUGCAAUUAUAUUCUUUCCGAGCGGUUUAGCUUUUGCAACUGGUAGCGAUGAUGCAACCUGUCGAUUUUUUGAUAUUAGAGCUGACCAAGAAAUUGGAAUGUUUAGUCAUGAUAAUAUUAUUUGUGGAAUAACAAGUGUUGCUUUCAGUAAAAGUGGACGAUUACUACUUGGGGGAUAUGAUGAUUUCAAUUGCAAUAUAUGGGAUACACUUAAACAAGAACGUGCUGGUAUAUUGGCUGGACAUGAUAACCGUGUUAGUUGUUUAGGCGUGUCCGAAGAUGGUAUGGCAGUGUGCACAGGAUCAUGGGAUAGUUUUUUGCGAAUAUGGAACUGA